AUGGAUAUACAUCAUGAUGAUGAUUUAGAUGUGAUAAAUGUGAUCAUUUUUGGUAUUCCGAGACAAGUGUAUAACAGAUCAGAUUAUUUUCAUAGUUUCGAUGAUUUGACGUUUUUUCAAAGAUUUCGGAUUACAAAACCGACAGCGAUAUCGAUUCUCGAGUUAAUUGAACCUCACAUUGAAUACCCUUAUAAUUUGAAUAACUGUGUUUCGCCUAUAAACCAACUGCUUGUGUUUUUACGAUUUUGUGCCACUGGAACCCACUUAGCAUGUAUUGGAGACUUUGCUGGCAUGCAUCUCUCAACAGCAUCCAGGAUUGUUGUUCGAGUUGGUGCAGCGCUUGCAUCUCACUAUAAUAGAUUUAUCAAAAUGCCACAAACACAACAAGAUAUGAACAUGGCUCAGAUGUCAUUUUAUGAAAUUGCUCGAUUUCCACGUGUGAUCGGCGCUAUUGAUUGUACACACGUAAAAAUACAAUCCCCGGGCGGAAACGAUCCUGAAGUAUUCCGAAACCGAAAAGGAUAUUUUUCCAUAAACGUACAGGCCAUUGUAAGUGCCCAAUUACAUAUACGGAACAUAGUUGCAAGAUGGCCAGGUUCGUCUCAUGAUGUAACCAUUUUCAACAAUAGUGCAGUUAGACGUCAAUUUGAAAAUAAUCUGUAUCCAGAUGCGUUAUUACUAGGGGACAGUGGGUAUUACCUCAGGUCAUAUUUAAUGACACCACUUCUACAAACAAAUAAUAGAGCCGAGCAAUUAUAUAAUGAAUCUCAUAUUAGAACGAGAAAUACAGUUGAAAGAUUUUUUGGAGUAUUCAAAAGACGAUUUCCUGUAUUGGCAUAUGGCUGCCGGUUGAAAGUGCAAACAGUUUUAACGUUAAUCAUAGCACUAGCAGUUGUUCAUAACAUUUGCAAAGAAGCUAAUGAAGAAGACCCACCAGAUCCGGAAAAUCUUGAUAGAUUUUUAGAAAUACUUCAACAGCAAGAUGUACCACACAUCCCUUAGGUACAUAAUGCUGCCCUAGGAAUCCAAGGAAUUGCAGCUAGAGAAAAUCUUAUUACAACAUAUUUUGCCAAUUUAGAGGAAUAAACUUGCGAAUAUUUUA